CCAAAGGGUCGCGGAGUGUGAACCCCACGCGCGGCACCAUGAGCCAGCGCCAGGUGCUGCAAGUGUUUGAGCAGUACCAGAAUGCCCGGACCCGGUUCGUACAGAUGGUGGCAGAGCAGGCUACCAGACCUCAGAAUGUCGAGACACUGCAGAAUGCCGGUAUAAUGUCCUUGCUGAGGCCUCUUCUUCUGGACGUGGUUCCAACGAUUCAACAGACUGCCGCCCUGGCCCUGGGGAGGCUGGCCAACUAUAACGAUGAUUUAGCAGAAGCCGUCGUCAAGGGCGACAUUCUUCCACAGCUUGUCUACUCAUUGGCAGAGCAGAAUUGUGUCUACAAGAAAGCAGCUGCCUUCGUGCUGCGAGCAGUUGGUAAGCACUCUCCGCAGCUGGCACAGGCCACGGUUGACUGUGGCGCCCUGGACUCGCUGGUGAUGUGCCUGGAAGAUUUUGACCCUGGAGUCAAGGAGGCUGCAGCCUGGGCACUUGCAUAUAUUGCAAGGCAUAAUGCAGAACUGUCACAAGCUGUGGUGGAUGCGGGAGCCGUUCCUCUUUUAGUGUUCUGUAUCCAGGAGCCAGAAAUUGCUUUGAAAAGAAUUGCUGCCUCGGCCCUCAGCGAUAUUUCAAAGCAUUCUCCAGAGUUAGCACAGACGGUGGUGGACGUAGGAGCUAUUGCUCACUUAGCCCAGAUGAUCCUCAACCCUGAUGAAAAAUUGAAGCACCAGGUCCUUUCAGCUCUCAGCCACAUUGCAAAGCACUCAGUGGACCUAGCAGAGAUGGUUGUUGAAGCAGAGAUUUUCCCGGUUGUUCUCACCUGUCUGAAGGACAAAGAUGAAUACGUGAAGAAAAAUGCUUGCACUUUAAUUAGAGAGAUCGCUAAGCACACACCCGAGCUUUCCCAGCUGAUCGUUAAUGCAGGAGGUGUGGCUGCAGUGAUCGACUGCCUGGAGUCCUGCAGAGGGAACAUCCGGCUGCCCGGCAUCAUGAUGCUCGGGUACGUGGCCGCUCAUUCCGAGAACCUGGCCAUGGCAGUGAUCAUCUCCAAGGGUGUGCCCCAGCUGUCAGCCUGCCUGUCAGAGGAGCCUGAAGAUCACAUUAAAGCUGCGGCUGCCUGGGCUCUAGGGCAGGUUGGGAGACACACUCCGGAGCACGCGCGGGCUGUUGCUAUCACCAACGUGUUGCCGGUGCUGCUGGCUUUGUACUUGUCCGCAGAGAGCUCUGAGGACCUGCAGGUCAAAAGUAAAAGGGCCAUAAAGAAUAUCAUACAGAAAUGCACCUACCUCCCAGCCCUCGAGCCGUUUCUCUACGAUGCACCUCCCAAUAUCCUGAAGUAUGUGGCCGGACAGUUCAGCAAGGUGCUGCCUCAUGACAGCAAAGCCCGCCGGCUGUUUGUGACGAGCGGUGGACUUAAGAAGAUCCAAGAGAUAAAGGCGGAACCUGGUUCCCUCCUCCAAGAAUACAUCAACAACAUUAACAGCUGCUACCCAGAGGAGAUAGUAAGGUACUAUUCUCCUGGAUACUCAGAUACACUUCUGCAGAGGGUGGACAGCUAUCAGCCGCUCACUAACUGAACAAAGUAUAUCUGUAAACUCAGAUUCACAGGAGAGUCUGCACAACUGUUAAAGGUCUUUCUGAAAUGUUUGAACUAGUGCAUCUUAGCUUUGUUCAAUGUGAAAUACCUUUAAUAUUUUCUAUAUUUUGUAAUACUUUAUAAAUUAUUAGCCGCAAUGUGUGGAAGACUAAUUAUAAUCAUUUGCAUGUGUAGAGAUAUACAUAAAGGAAGAUAUGCAUAAAACA